AUGGGCGCUCAGGGCCCCGGCUGCGCUCCGCCUAUGCCCGAGGGAGGCUCAGAGGACCGAGGGCCGCGGUCCGCAGCAGGCCCGAAUCAGACACCUCCGGGGCCACGUGGCCCUGAGCCACGAACGGGAGUGGGCAGGGGGGGGCGCCGACAGGGGGCGGGCCUGGAGAGGCCCAGGGCGGGAGGGCGCCGAGACCUCCGCGCCCCUCACCCCAACCCCAAGCCCAGGCAUGCACGCCCGACCGGCCGCUCGGGAUCCCGGAAACACUCCGGGCCCCCGGGCCGGGCCAUGUUUGCUGGCCAGGGUUGCCGGUGUCGGGCUGAGGCUCCCCGGACAGCGGGCGGGCCAGGCCGGGUCGGGUCGGGUGUGGAGCCGGAGCCGCGUCCCGAGCGGCGGCUGCAGCGAGGCCGGGAAAGGCGGGCCGAGGCCCCGCCCCCCCAGGCGCAGUUCCCCGUCCGGCCUGGCGAGGGCGCCGGCGCGGCAGAUCAGGUGACCGAGCGCUCGUCCGGGGCUGCGGGGAAGCGGCCUCGUUCUCAGCCGCCAGAGACGCCGCCGCCUCCGCCACACCUAGUGGAGGAGCCGGGGAAGGCGGCUCGGCGGUCGGGGCCGGGGCGGAGAGCGCCCGGGCUGGGGACGGAAGGGCGGCGGACCGAAGGCAGGAGGCUGUCGGGGCGCGGGCUGCUGCGGGGAAAGGGACGAAGAGGCGUCCGCCGCGGCUCGCUCUGUCCACCCGCACGGGAUUGGGGCGCGAGGGCCAUGGACGCGCUCCCCUGA